AUGUCCAACACACUCACCGUUCCACAAAUGCUAGCCUUUCGCAAAUGGCUUCACUCGCUAGGCGACGUGACGCCUACUAUCCCUCGUGCUGCCGAGUGGGUGAAGGGACAGUUAGGAAAAGAUGUACCCGAGGCAGUGAUUCGGUCGAUCCUCAACCGGACCAGUCUGCAGAAGUCACACCAGGCCAAAAUACGAUCCAUUGUGGACGACAGCCAAGGUCUGAUUAGCGACUUCUAUCCCUACGUGAGCUGA